AUGAAUGGUUCCCUCAGGAUGGAAAACACCGGGAAACGGGACGGCUCCAAGAAAAUGUGUCACUACGAGGUCUGGAAAGGUCCACUGCACGUUCCCUACGCGGAGCACUUCAGGCUGGAGCCGCUGCUGCGCUACCACCGUGUUAUCAGCAUGGAGGACUUCAUGGAGAAGCUGGCGCCCCUUCACUGGCCUCCUGGCAAGCGAGUGGCUUACUGCUUCGAGGCGGCGGCUCAGAGAAGUGCCGACAAGAGCACUUGUCCCAUGAAGGAUGGAAAUCCCUUUGGUCCCUUCUGGGAUCAGUUCCAAGUGGAUUUUGAUAGGUCCGAGCUCUUCAAGGGAAUCUCCUUCAGUUCCGCGUACAAGGACCACUGGAUCCAAAGGUUUUCACCAUCUGAGCACCCUGUACUCGCCUUACCCGGAGCUCCGGCCCAGUUUCCAGUCUUAGAGGAGCACCGACCCCUCCAGAAGUACAUCGUGUGGUCCGAGGAGAUGGUGAAGAAAGGAGAAGCCUAUAUUCACUCUCUGCUGGUCAGGCCCUACGUAGGAAUUCAUCUGAGGAUCGGCUCAGACUGGAAAAAUGCCUGCAAUAUGUUAAAGGACGGGACGGCCGGGCCGCACUUCAUGGCUUCGCCUCAGUGCGUGGGCUACGACCGAAGCGCCGCGGUCCCUCUCACCAUGGACAUGUGCCUGCCGGACCUCAGAGAGAUCGAGCGUGCUCUCAAGCUCUGGGUGAAAAAGACAGAAGCUAAAUCUGUUUAUAUCGCUACUGACUCGGAGCCCUACACAACGGAAAUACAGCAGUUCUUCCAAGGAAAGAUCAAGGUGGUCAGCCUGCAGCCAGAAGUGCCUCAGAUUGAUCUGUACGUUCUCGGCCAGGCCGAUCACUUUAUCGGGAACUGUGUCUCUUCAUUUACUGCCUUUGUGAAAAGAGAGCGCGAUGUGCACGGAAAACCCUCUUCGUUUUUUGGCAUGGACCACCCACCAAGGUUACGGGAUGAAUUCUGA